AAAACAAGCCUAGAUCUAGAAUCUAGAUUAUCUAGGACUAAAUCCUUUUUUUUUUGCCAGUUGAACAUUUUACCCUAACAUAGCGCGAACAAAGUUCGUACGGGAAAAAAUGGCGACGGAAUUCGAUAGUGAACUUGUGCAAGAAAACAUAGAAGAAUAUGUUGUUGACGACAGUAAAAUAGUUACUUGUAAAUGGCUGAGUUUAAUGCUAAAUCUUAAUAUCAAUGAAGCAAAGAAGGCACUCUACACAUUUGUAACAAAUAAACGCAGCAAAGAUAAAGACAGUGACUUUAAUGUCACAUACUUUGUUGCAGGUCAUGGUGUGGAUAAAAAUGGAGAGCCUAUGCACAAGUGUGUUGUUGUACCUGAAGCACACAUUGAUGAGGUGAAAACUGAGCUAUCUGUUGUCACAAGUUGUCAUAUCUACAGUGUACAGAGAUCAAAGCUCAAGGAUUACACACCAUUAUACAUGACAGAUUAUGAAAUUAUUAAACAGAAUUUAAGUAGAUGUCAAAGUUUAAGCAGUAUAAAAUGUUCACAUGCAACAAAAAGAGAAGCCGUGAAACCAUGUAUAAAACCAAUAGAAACACCAUUGGCAAAGAUAAAGGUUGAAAAAAAUGGGGUAUCAACAUCUGCAGAGGCUGUCAAACCCCCAUCUACAACAAUCACGUCGUCUACAAAAGCCACGUCCAAGAAAGAACCAAAGGGAAGCAUUGCAAGCAUGUUCGCAACAGUCAACAAGAAGUCAGAGAAAGACGAGAACUCUGCAGCUGUCAGUGCUAAAGUUGACCAACCUGUAGUUGCAAGUAAUAAUAAAAAGCCCAAGCCAGUAGAAGAAAAAGGUGGAGUAAUGGCACUUUUUAACAAACAAACAACCAACAAAGCAACUACAAAAGAGAAGAUCGAACCCAAGGCAACUGUGAUAGAGUCAAAAAAAGAAAAUGAGCCUAAAAAAAAAAAAAAAGAAAUUAAAAAAGGAAAAAAUAACUCAGAUGAUGAAGCUCCUGUCGGCAAACAGAGGCGCAGAAUUCGAACAGAUCUGUUUGACUCCAGUGACGAAGAGGAAGAAGAAAGGGUUUCAGAAGACGAAGAAGAUCCGGAUAUUAUAAAUUGUUCUAUUGAGAUUGAGGAGGAAGUGAAAGAAGAAGAUGUAGCUAGUAGUAAGGAGGAGAUGAAAAAAGAGGAAGAGGAUAAAGAGGCUGUAGAAGCUGUAAAGACAAAUGGUAGCUCUAGAAAAAGAAAAAGGGUUAUGAAAGUAGUGACGAAACAUUAUUUAGACGAGGAUGGUUUUAUGGUUACGUCCAAAGCGAAUGAAUGGGAAAGUGCUUCUGAUGAUUCUGGCCUAGAAGAAGCCGCAAAGGUUGAUGAAAAAAUUACACCGGCAGCAGAUGUCAAGAAGAUUCCUCCACCAAAAGCACAGGCUAAAUCUAAAGCUGUCCCUAAGAAAAGUGUAUCUCCAAGUAAAGGGAAACAAACCUCCAUGUUCUCCUACUUCAAAAAGCAGUGACCAAGUGUACCAAACAUUGAGAAGUUUUCAGUUAAAAGCCUUUGACCAUCAGUGAGCCAUUAUUCCAUCAGUACGUGACCACCCAUCAAUUACCAAGUGUACCAGACAUUGAGAAGUUUUCAGUUAAAAGCCGUUGACCCUCAGCCAUUAUUCCAUCAAUACUUGACCACACAUCAGUGACCAAGUGUACCAGAAAUUGACAAGUUUUCAAGACUUUGACCAUCAGUGAGCCAUUAUUCCAUCAAUACGUGACCAAAACUACCAGGAGUUAAUGACAUAUUUGCAACCUGUGUCCACACAAUCUGCCCACAAUCACAGAUCAGGGCUGCCUACUUGAAUAUAAUCAUGCCUGUAAUGACUUUGACACCCAGGUUCUGAUAUUUUGAUUAGGUUUGGUAGUAACAUGACAAUAGAAAUAAUUGUUUGUGUUAAGUAGUUUAAGUUGUUGUUUUUUUUGUGUGGUAACUUGUGAUUCCAGGUCUGAGAUUUAUAUUCAGCUACCAUAGUUAAAAUUUCAGCUGUGUUGUCUGGUAUUUCUCCUUUAUCUGCUCUAAAAAUCCACCCAGCUCUGAUGGGUACCUAACUCGCUGUAGAGAAAGUAAAGGUGGCUGGACAUAGUGCUGACCACACUAUCCCUUCAUAUGUAUAGGUCACAGAAAUAGGUGAACUCUACUUUUCUUGCCCCAUAGAACAUCAUGCUUAGAAGGGGAACUAUACUUCCUGUUUUUACUUUCAACUUGAGACUAAUUAUUAAACAGUUUUCAGUGAGUAGCCAACUCACCCUCAAUUAUUGACCACUAGUGACCAAAACUCCAUUAAUGACAAGCCACUGUUUAUAAUUAUUCCCUCCAUAAAACUGCAACUGAAUGCUCCCUUAAUGUCUGCAUAUUCUAUUAAUAAAUAACCUUUGCAUAAGUAAUAAAUGACAAAUACUCCAUUUUUGACAGUCUAGCCACAGUUUUCUAUUGCUUGUUGAAUAUACCUUUGAUUAGUGGUAAAGUUUUCAAAAUUGUAACCAAAUAUACCCCAAAAAAGAGGCCAUUUUCUGUUGCUGACUAAAUAUACCCUAAGUGUCAAGUUUUCUAUAGGGCUGACAAGUAUGUCACCAACCAGUUCUAUAGCUCAUGCAGGUUUUACCGAGCCAUAGAACUGGUUGGUGACCUACUUACCAGCCCUAUUGUUGACCAAAUUUACCCCAAAAAUAGAUUUUAAUUAGUGGCAAAUACUGAAUUCCAACUUUUCUUUCUUUAGUGGUCAAAUACUCAUUUUAAUUAGUCAAACUUAGUAAUAAUUGGUGGUAAUGAAAUGUUUGUAUUUUUUUUCCUGACCCUGUGCUGGUUUCAGUUUUGAGUACACAUCAGUGUGCAACUCUGAUGUUCAUAUGGAAAUGUAUUGAAUUAUUUACUUUAUAAGUAAUCUCUAUUUUAUGAGGGCUUUUGUUUUGAAUUUUUUGUAUACACAAAAUAUAGAUGUUUAAUUAGAAUGUCUUUUUUUUUU